AUGUCACGCAAGAUUAGGAGUGUACAUACUUUAACAGCGAUCAGCCUUCGUGAAAAUAAUAGCUCCGAACUGGUGCAAAUAAGUCAAGCUGAACUAGAAUUAUUAACUAAUGCGAGAAAUUGUAAUCUUAUAUCAUGUAUAAUUAUAAAAAAUGAGUCUCAAUAUGCUCUUCAAUAUAAAAAUCAUGGUGGAUACAGUGGAUUUUUUUUCACAGAUGCAAUAGAUGCAUUUCAUAAUGAAAUUGGAGCACUGAUAGAUGGUAUGUUGAUUAAAACUAUAAUUCCAAAAGAAGAUGCUGUUGGCGGUAUUUUACAUACAAAAGAAUCUGAUGCAGCGUGUGGUAGUUCAGGUUAUAUUAGUUUGGUAAUUGCAACAGAAGCAAAAAAUUAUAUAGUUUGCUGUGGUUUUAAUACUUCUUACAGUGGACGUAAUUUAGCUGAGAUAGAAAUAAGAGCAGAGGAUGGAGUAACGGAUGAAAAAUGUUGUAUCACGGGCCAUGGUAUCGAUCCAACAGGAAACGUAACAGAUAUAAACGGAUUAAUAACAAAGACUUAUCAUUCUGCUCAAAACGAUGGAUUGCAUGACUUUUAUGAAGCUUGUAGAGUAUUUAAAUUGAUGUCAAAUCUAAAUAUGUAA